AGCUAAUCAAAACCCAAACAAAGAAGCUUCCCUUUUGCUAUUUAAUAUCCUCCAAUCCCUAACAUACAACGAAGAAGAAGAAGGAAAAAAAAAAACAGGGAAUUAGUGGAAGAGAUCUCUUCUCUCUGCAGUCUUGGCCUAAAUAAACAUUAUUUGGAAACCCAAAUGCCCUCUUCACUCCUGUUUCCUUCUCGUUUUCCAUCCCCUUGAAGCAAACCAAACCCAAAACCCAUCUCAAAUAUAUAUAUAUAUCACACAAAACCCCAAAACCCUCAAGCUCUUACGAAAUCUAUCCAUUCUGUUUCAAAAAGAUGCAGCCUUGUAGUAGAGAAAUGCAAGGGAUUAACUCGCUCUUAAACCCAUCAUCACAAAUCCCUCUACAAGACCUUCAAAACCAACAGAACCCUUCGCAGAUCCAAAACUCUCACUUUGAUCCCAAUUCAUCCUCGAAUGAUGAUUUUCUUGAACAAAUGCUGUCUAAUAUUCCUCCUUGUUCAUGGCCUGACCUCAAGUCUCCUUGGGACCUCACCAUGCCCAUUAAUAACAACGACAGCAGCAACUCUAUAGCCAAACCUAGAGACUUGUCGGAUGAAACCGCACCAUCUAAUACCGACAAUAGUAAUCUUGGGUUUCAUAAUAACUUUGAUGAGUCUGUAAUUUUGGCUUCUAAGCUGAGACAACACCAGAUCAGUGGUGGUGGUGGUGCUGCCGCCGCCGCUAAAAUGAUGCUACAACAGCAGCUUCUGAUGGCUGCUGCUCGCGGCGUCCUCCCUCAAAAUGACGUCAUUGAUGGCUCCUCCUUUAAGGGAGGAGACGGUUCAAUGCAAGGAUUGUUUAAUGGUUUUGGUGCUGGAUCUAUGAACGGAACUGGUCAGGCGUCGAACCAGUCCAUGCAACAUUUUAACCAUCCCCAGGGAGGGGCUAUGCAGGCACAGAAUUUUGGGGCUCAAGGGGCAGCCACCACGGCUGUGAUGAACCAACCUCAAGCAAGUGGCUCCAAUGGUGGUGCACCAGCUCAACCUAGACAAAGGGUUAGGGCUAGAAGAGGUCAAGCAACGGACCCACAUAGCAUAGCUGAAAGGUUACGAAGGGAGAGAAUUGCAGAAAGAAUGAAAGCUCUGCAAGAGUUGGUGCCUAAUGCCAACAAGACAGACAAGGCUUCAAUGCUUGAUGAGAUCAUCGACUAUGUUAAAUUCCUGCAGCUCCAAGUCAAGGUCUUGAGCAUGAGCAGAUUAGGCGGUGCAGCUGCCGUUGCCCCCCUUGUUGCUGACAUGUCCUCUGAGGCUGGUGGUGACUGUAUCCAGGCCAGUGCCGAUGGUGGGUCCCUCUCCCGUACCUCUAACGGCAACCAAACGGCCAGAACUAACGACAGCAGCUUGACGGUGACAGAGCACCAGGUGGCUAAGCUGAUGGAAGAGGAUAUGGGCUCAGCCAUGCAGUAUUUACAAGGGAAAGGGCUUUGUUUGAUGCCCAUCUCACUCGCAACCGCUAUCUCAACCGCCACUUGUCACAACAGGAGCCCCGCGAUCAACAACAACCACCACGCUUUGCUCCAAUCCAACGGCGAAGGGCCAGCCUCACCCAGCAUGUCUGUUUUGACCGUCCAGUCGGCUACAAUGGGUAACGUUGGAGGUGAUGGUGGCGCUGUUAAAGAUGCUGCUUCCGUUUCCAAACCGUGAUCUAACGGCGUUGACUGACUUUCGGGAUUUACUAUUAGAGUAAAUAAUAAAAAAGUUGAGGGAGAAAAAAGUCAAAGUGAGAAAAGGGGAGGAGAGAGUGUGUGACGUGUAGGAUUCAUCUUCCGUUUCAAAGUCUACUAAAAUAAGGGUCUGGUGUUUUAGUGGAUGACACGACGCCGUAUUUACGUAGACUUUGGCUUAAGCUAACCCCAACUACACCACCAAGUACCAAAAACAAGAACAAAGUAACAAGACCGUCCAAGUCCCAAGAACAACUUACUGCCGUUGUUUGUGUUUUAAGAAAGGGGUUAGGUUUUGUUACAUUUUUUUAUUUUAUUAUUUGCAACUUUAAUAUUAUUAUUUCUUUUUUUUUUCC